CUCGGCUCCUCCUCUAAACUCUAGCAGAGCUCGGCUAGUCGGCUUCUCCACUUCAAGUCUCAGAGAUCAAGAGUUCAAGACAUCAAUAGUUCAGUCUUCCUCCCCAAAGUGCUUCGAUUCCUUCUCCAGUUCGUCGCCUCCAGUCCUCCUCCUCUAAACUCUAGCAGAGCUCGGCUUCUCCACUUCAAGUCUCAGAGAUCAAGAGUUCAAGACAUCAAUUUCGUUUAAUUGAAUGUUGUAUUGGAUUGAUGAUUUCAUGGAUUGAAGAAUGAAGGUUGUCUCUUGGUCUGGAAAUCUGGUCAGUGCCUCAGUGGGUUUACUUAAAAUUGUGCAAUUGAGUUUCUGCAGCAAAUAUGGCAUUCUGCUGUGCAAAUGUGCAAUUGAGUGAUUUGAGUCUACUGCUUUCUGAGGUGUUAGAGUAAAAUGUCAAAUCAUGAGCCAAAAGCGAAGCGAUCAAAAUUCAUUGACUCAUGGUUUAAAAGAACAAAUGUUGAGUCUUCAAGUUCAAAUGUGGUUUCUGAACCUUCCAUAUCCUCUCCAAAUAUUGAUGUUGAACCCCAACCUUCCAUUCCUGAACCACAAAAUAAUAUCAACGCUCUUGAACGUGAUCCUGGAUUACGUUGUGCCAUAUGGAAAUAUCCAGUCAAUGAGCGUGAUAGUAUUCGAAAAACCUAUGUUUUGUUGGGUCCAUUUCAACCUGAGUUAGAAUUUCCAUUCACUGAACAAGGGAGUCAACAACGUAGAUUUCAGUUUUCUUGGUUCAAGGACAAUCCAUGGCUUGAAUAUUCAAUUGCUCUUGAUAGGGCGUAUUGCUUCCCUUGUUUUCUAUUUGACACUGAAGAUUCUCAGCAUACAGCAUUCACCGUUGAUGGGUUUAAGGCUUGGAAGAGGGUUUGUGGUAGUGAUAAUGUGUUGAUGAAGCAUGUAGGAGGCCUUAAUUCUCCCCAUCAUGCUGCAAUGCAAAAAUGGGAUUUAUUAAGAAAUCCUACCAAACAAAUUGAAACAAUUUUUCAGUCAAAAUCUAGUAAGGAUAUAGAGGACAAUCGAUUGAGGCUUAAGGCUUCAAUAGAAAGUGUAAGAUUGCUAGCUAAUCAAGGAGCUGCUUUUAGAGGCCAUGAUGAAACUGAAAACUCAUUGAAUGCGGGAUAUUUUAGAGAAGUCAUAAAAUCUUUUUCAAGAAUGAGUAUUGAGGUUGAGAGAGUUGUUUUGGGAAAUGCUCCCGGAAAUGCCAAGUACAUUAGUCCAUCAAUUCAAAAGCAACUUCUAAAUAUUCUUGGUAAUAAAGCGAGGAACAAGAUACGUGAAGAAGUUGGAGAUUCCAAAUAUUGUAUUCUUGUUGAUGAAGCAGUAGAUAUAUCUAGUAAGGAACAAAUGGCCAUUAUUUUGAGGUUUGUUGAUUGUCAAGGUAUUAUUCGAGAACGAUUUUUUAAGAUUGUGAGUGUUCCUAACACUACCUCACAAACUCUUAAAGAUGAGAUUUCUAAAGUACUUACUAUGUACAAUCUUCAAGUGAGAAAUAUGCGUGGUCAAGGAUAUGAUGGUGCUAGCAAUAUGAGAGCUAAAGGGGUGCCGGAGAUUUGGCAAUUAUUUUCAAGUUUAAGUUUAAUUGUGAAUUUUGUUGAUUCUUCUGCUAAGCGUCAUUCUGCAUUAAAAGCUGUGAGAAAGGAAGAAAUUGCAGAUUUGGUAGCGUGUGGCCAACUUCAAAUAGGUACUGGUGCUAAUCAAGUUUGUACUUUGCAACGAGCUGCUGCUACACGUUGGAGCUCACAUUUUCAUUCAAUUAAGAGUUUGAUUGAAUUGUUUAGUUCAACCAAAAAAACUCUUAAUUAUAUGAUUGAGCAAGGACCCAAGGAAUUGCAAGGAGAAGCUGUGGCUGUUCUUAAAGCUAUGAUGUCUUUUGAUUUUGUGUUCUGCUUGCUUCUAAUGCACAAAUUGAUGAAAAUUACUGAAGUUCUUUGUCAGACAUUACAGCGAAAAUCUCUUGACUUCGUACAUGCUAUGAAGUUUGUUGGACAUACAAAAUCAUUUCUUCAAGAGAUGAGAGAAGAAGGCUGGGAUGACUUGGUAAGAAAUGUUGAAACUUUUUGUGAGAAACAUGAUAUUGAUAUUCCUGAUAUGAAUGCUCGUUAUAAGGAUGGUGCAUGCAAUCUUGCAAAGAAGUAUUAUCCUGAAGAUUUUAUUGAUAGUGAAAUGUUUGCUCUAGAAUUAGAGUGUGCAUAUUAUGAGAAGGAUAUGCGUAGUGAUCCAAAGUUCCAGAAUUUGGAAUCCAUUUCUGAUUUGUGCAGAAUGUUGGUUCAAUCAAGGAAGUCAGAAUUUUUCCCUAUGCUUUAUAGAUUGAUUUGUCUAGUUUUGACUAUUCCUGUUUCUCCGGCGACCACUGAAAGGGCAUUUUCAGCUAUGAACAUCAUUAAGAAUAAACUUAGAAACAAGAUGGAGGAUGAGUUUCUUGGUGAUUGUAUGGUCCUUCACAUUGAGAAAGAAUAUGCUGAAUCUAUUGACAAUGAAUCGGUGAUCAAAGAGUUUGAAGCUUGUGGAACUCGUAGAGUUAGAUUUAGUUAG